CCAUGGUGGCAAAGAAGAUGGUGCCCCAGAAGGGUCUUUCCUUGACUCUGUUCUUCAUUGUUGCGGUUGUAGAGAGUGGCUUGACACAACAGGCAGAAUCUGACGGUUGUGCAGAGCUAAAAGGCUUCUCCCAAUGUGGUCCGGGUAAGUUUUUUUUCCAGGGCCAACCAGGGAUUCCAGGAAUACCCGGCAUACCAGGAAGCAUUGGACUGCCUGGGGAGAAGGGAGACAUUGGCCCUCGGGGGCCUCCUGCUGGACCCAAAGGGGAUCAAGGAAUCAAAGGAGAAGCCUGUACUGUGGACAGCUUGGCUGAGUGCCCGCAGCAAGAAGCCCGUGACUGCAAAGAACUUUUAGACCGUGGGGAGACGCUUAGUGGGUGGUACACCAUCUUCCCCAUAACAGGGAAAAGACUCAGCGUGUUUUGCGACAUGGAGACGGACGGAGGAGGUUGGCUGGUGUUCCAGCGGCGACAAGAUGGAUCCGUGGAUUUCUAUCGUGACUGGGAGUCCUACAAGAGAGGCUUUGGGAACCGGGAUUCAGAAUUCUGGCUGGGCAAUGACAACAUCCAUCUGCUCACCAGCUCUGGGGCAUACCAUCUACGGAUUGAUGCUGAGGACUUCAGUAAUGGCAGAACGUUUGCCCUGUACACUGGCUUCCAUAUCUUGAGUGAGAAGGAAAACUACACACUUGUCUUUGACUCUUACUCCCAAGGAGACAUGGGUGAUUCUCUCUCAUCACACAAUAGAAUGGCAUUUUCGACAAAGGACAGAGAUAACGACAUCUAUGAUUCCAACUGUGCUGUGCAGUUCAAGGGGGGCUGGUGGUACGAGAAAUGUCAUAACUCUAACCUCAAUGGGCUUUACUUGAAAGGUGAACACACCACUUAUGCCAGUGGUAUGAGUUGGUUGACUGAGAAAGGGCAUUAUUACUCUUACAAGUAUGUUGACAUGAAAAUCAGACCACAGUAGGUAGCGAUGGGGCCAAAUAUCUUCUGGCAAAGAACAUCAACAUCUCUAACUGGGCUCCCAUCUUCCGCAUUGGCUGUUGUUACUAUCCUUCCUAAUAUUUCAUUUACAAAAUGUUAAGUCUCUCUAACAAUGCAUCGUUGUUCAUUACAUUGUGUAACAUUGUAGUAAUCCGAAUAAAAUAUAUCCAAUAUGGUC